AAAAAAAAAAAAAAUAAUAAUGACGUGCGCUCAACGAUUUAAUGACUUUUUAAAUCGUAUAAAUUGUGAACAAAUCUAUGAGCUCCCUUACAAUAAUAAUCCACUUAUGGUCGCGUCUCACGCAAGGAAUUUCUCUACAGCAGUUCCAAAAUUAUCAGGAUAUUCUUUAUUGAAAUGGAAUGUAGAACAUGAAGUUCAACGAUUACGAAUUGAUAAAUCUAUAAUUCAUCCGGCAACAAAAUUUAUUUGGAACUUAAAAUUAUCAGUUUCUCAAAGAAAUCAAUUUAUAGCUUUGGCAAAUAAUGCAAAUGAUAUUAAUGAUCGCGUAAAAUUAGUGAAUAAUAAUGAUACGAUUAAUAGGAUUAUACAAAUUGAUUCCCCACAAGAAACAAAUAAUCUUUUUGAAUUAAAUUUUUUUAAUGGUACGAAAUUUAAUGAUGAUAAUGAUAAUUUUAAUUAUUUAACGUUGCCUUUGGGAUCUCAAUAUGAUUCGUAUCAUUCUUCUAAUCAAUUAUUCAAACUUAAUGAAAAUAUAUAAAUUAUAUGAUAUUAUAUACGGU